UAGUAAGUUGUGUUGAUCCAAUAUAUGUAACAUGAUCAUAUCUUCUGUUCACUUUAGGUCUCAAAAGUAAAUGGACUCAAACGGGCAUCAUCAGUCGGCACGCCUACGGCCAGUGCCAAAAAGUCGAAAGACUUCCGUCUGCCGUCCAAAACUGUGAAGUACACAGCCACCGUGACCAAGGGCCAUGUCACCUACACCAAAGCAAAACGAGAACUGGUUAAGCAAGCCAAACUCAACCACAGCAAGCACGCUGCUUCUGCUGGCCUCCGUGCUUACAGCAACAACCACCACCAUCAUUCUCAUCAUCCAACCAGCAGCGGCCAUGGUCGGCCCCAGCUCUCUCACUCAGGAAAAGCCCAAAGUAUCAAUGCAAAAACCCGCAAACAGGUGCUAUUAUCGAAUGGGGUGCAUAAGAUGACUAACGGGGGCCGGCCUAAUGGCAGGCUUAAUGGACGCCACAGUGCCAGGGAAGAGAAGGCAGAUGGCCGACAAGUGCGGCAGGGACUGCGGAACUCUAAACGCAGAAGUGAUGCCAUUACGAUCCUUGGAGCUGGAACUGAGAGUGACGAGGUUAAAACUAAGCCACCUGUUACUGAGGUUAAGAAAGCUAAACUGCAGACUAGCCCACUGGAAACUCGCAGCAAGAAGGCCCUGGGUCAGUUCAAGUCCCCCAACGCUGUCACUAUUGCACACAGUAUCACUGAAAUGGCCGCCUCCCCUACUCAGAAAAUGGGUUCUGCCCCUCCUUCGUCACCCCCUGCUGCUCCCGCCUCCCCAGCCAUGCCCCAGAACCCUGCUUCCCCUGAGCCAGCAUGUCAGCGGCCCAAACGGGCCUCUGCUGGCAAACUGAUGUUCAUCAGACAAGCACAGCAGAGGGCCCAAACGAACCCCGCCCUCAACUGGACCACAUCCACUACCUCAGCCAGCAAAUCCUUCAAACCAGUAGAGCCCACACACACACCUCCACCACGGCUGGACAGAGACAGGGAGCGUGAGAGGGAACGGGAGAGAAGAAGGGCAGGGUGCACUGCUUUGGGGGAGGUGCCCGUUUUCAAGCCCACCUCCAGGGAGUUUCAGGACCCUUUGGUGUACCUCGACUCAGUUCGGGAACGGGCAGAGUCGUCUGGACUGUGCAGAGUGUUGCCUCCUCCUGACUGGAGGCCAGAGUGCAAACUCAAUGAUGAUAUGCGUUUUGUGACACAGGUCCAGCGCAUCCACAAGCUGGGUCGGCGCUGGGGCCCCAAUGUUCAGAAACUGGCCUGCAUUAAGAAGCACCUCAAAUCUCAGGGCAUCUCAAUGGACGAGCCACCGCUUAUAGGUGGCUGUGAAGUAGAUCUGGCUCGUUUUUCCGAGCUGGUCUGCGACAUGGGUGGAAUGCAGCAGGUGAUGGACCUGAAAAAAUGGAGCCGGUUGGCCGACCUGCUUCGCAUUCCCAAAUCAGCACAGGACCGUCUGGCCAAGCUCCAGGAGGCCUACCUCCAGUACCUGCUCUCUUAUGACCUGCUCUCUCCCGAGGAGCACCGGCAACUGGAGCAGGAGGUACUGGCAGAAAAGGAAGCUCUGGAACGCAAGCGGGGACCCCUGGAGGGUCACUUGGAUAACGGCCAGCGGUCUCUGGCUCUUCCUCGUUACGAACCCAAGAACGGGCUCACCGGCCUCAACCACCGCAAUGGCUUCCGCAAUCACAACAAAGAGCCAGACACCCAGCGGCAGGCCGGUCGCCGCAGACUGUUUGCUCAGGAAAAGAAAGGGGAAAAAGUGGACAGUGAUGAGGCAGAUGAGGAGGCAGACGAUGGUGUUCUCAGUGACCAGCACAAAUGUAUAUACAAGGGGAGAUCAGUAUCUUUGACCACCUUUUACAGAAUAGCAAGAAAUACAAUGAUGAUGUGCUUCAACAAAGAGCCUGGGGCUGCUGAAGUUGAGCAAGAUUAUUGGCGGAUAGUGGAGCAGAGGGACUGCCACGUAGCAGUGCAUUAUGGGAAAGUGGACACAAACACACAUGGAAGUGGCUUCCCUGUGGGCAAGUCCGAACCCUUUUCCAAGCAUGGAUGGAACCUCACUGUCCUUCCCAAUAACUCUGGAACCAUUCUGCGCCAUCUUGGUGCUGUGCCUGGGGUGACUGUUCCCUGGCUGAACAUCGGCAUGGUCUUUUCUACCUCAUGCUGGUCACAAGACCAAAACCGCCUUCCAUACAUUGAUUACUUACACACUGGUGCUGAUUGCAUUUGGUAUUCUAUUCCUGCUGAGGAAAAGACGAAGCUUGAUAAAGUGGUGCACACACUGCUACAAGCCAACGGCACGCCGGGACUGGAAAUGCUGGAGAAGAACGUUAUGAUUUCUCCAGAGGUGCUUUGUCGUGAGGGGAUCAAGGUCCACCGCACGGUCCAGAAGAGCGGGCAGUUUGUGGUGGUCUUCCCUGGUGCGUUCGUGUCCAGGGUGUGCUGCGGCUACAGUGUGUCUGAAACUGUGCACUUUGCCACACCUCAGUGGAUGAACCUGGGCUACGAGGCUGCUAAGGACCUGAAAUACAGGCACAUAGCAAAACCCUUCUCUAUGGAGAAGCUACUCUACCAGAUCGCCACAGCCGAGGCCAAACGAGAAAACAGACUUGUGCUCAGUACAAUCUCUUCUCUUCUCAAAGAUCUCAGGAACAUAGAGAUGAAGCAAAGGCAGGAUCUGUAUGAAGCAGGGCUGCUCUCCUCCGCACGCUACUGCACUCACGACAACAACCCGUCACCCGCUGACACCAGGAAGAAACCGCGCAAAUGGCUGGCGCUGGAGUCAUCCGAGAGACGCUGCCAAACGUGCCAGCAUCUCUGCUACUUAUCUAUGGUGGUGCAGGAGAAUGAAAAUGUGGUGUUCUGUCUGGAGUGUGCGCUGCACUAUGUGGAGAAACACAAAAGCUGCCGCGGCCUCAAGAUGAUGUACCGCUAUGAUGAGGAGCAGAUCAACAGUUUGGUGAAGCAGGUGUGUGGUAAAGCCCUGGUGAAAAGCGCAGCAGACGGCUGUAACGGCUCCAGCCCCACCAAACCGCCCGCCAAGCGUGGCCCCCGCAAGAGAUCCGCCGUGGAGCUGUCCCUGACCCACCUGUCCAAAAGUGCCGCCGCCGCCGUCUCGUGAGGAGCGCCGCCCGGCCGCCUACGUCAGCCAAUCGAUUUUCCUCUCCCUCUCUUCAUAUCGUUUGUGUCUUAUCACCCACAUAGCAGGGCAGAGUUUCCUGUGUUGAAAGCAGGCUGCCUUUUUUGCACUAGCGCACUAGUUUGUAUUCACCAGAUGUUUGAUAGCAUUAAGAGACAUGGUCCCAGGUGUGCAUUUCACUGACAGGUGUGAGUAUGAUGACAUCCUUUCUGCCUGGACCCUCUUCCUCCUCGUCUUCGGCCCCCUUGACUGCACACACGCUCCUCCUGAACUGUGAACCUUGGGACAAAUGGGUGCUUCUCUCCUCGUUUUUCCAGACCCCUUUCCUUUGAAUGUUGGUGCUCGAUGGAGCUGCCCGAGAAUGCUUUUUUGUUUUUGUUCAUUUUGU